AUGGUAGGUUGCACAAUAGCUACUAGUACACAUAUUAAAAUGUAUUAAAAACAUUUUAAUGUAAGUAAAAAUAAAUUUAGUUAAGAAUUGGAUAUAGAUCAAGGAAUAUUCUAAAUUUAACCAAAUAUAUCAGUGCAAAAUAGGAUAAUUUUAUUAAUUUUUGUAAGAAUAAUGGAUUAAGUGAUUCUAACUAUUUUGAUCUGCAAUAUAUAAGGACAAUUAUUUACAUGUAAUAAAAUUUAGUUUUAAUGAAUCUUAUGGUCUAAUUUACAUAAAGAAUUCCUUAACAAAUAAGAGAUUAUCUUAUCAAUUCAAUGCUGUCUGUUAAUUUUCCAAAUAAUAGAUCUUAAAAAGAAUUGAGAGAGAUCUUUCAUAUAAUAUAAAUAAAACUAACUAUAAUAUGCAAGGAAAACUAGUUUAAUCAAUUUCAAUGUAGAAAAUAAAUAAAUAAGUAAAAUAUUAAUAUAAAAAAAGAAAGAAAAUUUUUAAAGAUCUAUUUCAAUAAUUAAAAUUUUAAAUUAAUUUUCUACUAGUGA